AUGAAAAAGGAAAAAGAAAAGUCAGGUUCAAUUGAAGCGAGCACGCCGCCCAAAUCACGACCAGAUUGUAGUAGCCGACAACAGGGUACCAAAGAUCCCCGUGGCUCCCCUACACGCGACUCUCCCACACCAGAAGAACACGGCGAGCCGAGGCAACCUCAAAAUCUUCAAGAUCUUCUCGAAUCUAGAUUGGAUAUGGCGUGUAAAUUGAAAGACCAUUCACCUGAUUCCAACCCCGGACCCCCAGAGAAAUCAUACCUCACACCGAAAGAUAUCAAGGCAUUGCUAUCUGGGGCGCCUCACUUUCUUCUAGAGAAAGGCAAGCAUGGCCGAUGGUAUCCCCAGGUGAUCUUCCCCUGGGAUGAGCAGAACCCAAUAAUCCAACACAUGUGGGAUCGCAAGGCAUUGCCCCAUGCUUCCUUUACUCUGAGCACACUUCACGCCCAUCUACCAGUCCCAGACGACUGGGCUGUCAAAGGUGGAGUUCCGAUCCAAGUGGCUGACUGGCGGCGCCGAACAGGCGCCGUGAACAGGGCAACGUUUGACGUCGGAAUCUUCGAAGUACCCAACAUGCUAUCAAACAACGGCAAAGAACCCGGCACCGUCGGUUUCCGCCACUUUCUUGAAUUAUCGGUUGCUGAUGCGAUUCGAUACGUCCCCGAAAAACCGAAGACCCUUCCAUCUAUACAGCAACUCUCAAACAUGGGGGCAACCGUGGCAUUCGGUUUAAUGGAGGGUUACCACAAACCAUAUUCACAAUGUCAAAGUGGUGUCGUAUUCGAUCGUCAUACACUCAUCUGUGAAGGUCCAGAGGCCUGGAAACGUAUUGGAGUACGAGAUAUCAACCUUCGAUAUCUCGUGCAACGCUUAGAACAUCUGCGCAACGUCCGACGUGAAAUACUCACAGAGGGGUCGACGAAGACAAUUCUGGAUAUUGAAAGUCCACGCGAGUUGCACGAUGGUUUACACACACAUUCUCUUCACCCCCAUCCUCCAAAUGAGUUGAUUGAACGCCAUCCGCAAAGUGUCAAAUCCCAGAUCAAAACCCUGUCACUUGUGCUGGCCACCCCAGGAGCUUGGAUCAAUUUCAGUCUCCCCGAGUGGCGCUUUCGCGCAGGGCAGGUCCUAUGGGAGGCAUCCCUGCACUGCGACGGGGACUGUCUGGAACCCGAUUCAAGUAACGAUAAGGUGUCAGGGGAUAUUUUGAUUAGUUCCGGGAUGGAGCGAAAGUGGUUGCUCAUCCAACUGCUCCUCUCUGCUGAGUUGCUUCUUCGCUUGGAUGCGUUCGUUCGAGUUGGCAUGUUGUAUGAUCCGCACGGUGGUCACAUCACGAUCCCUGAGCUUCGACAUUUCGAGAGAUUGCGAGAAGGAAAGCUGAACUGGGAUUUGAUUGUUGUUCGCCGUUUCCUUAAUAGUCUGGAUAUCACUUGCCCGCCGCCACAACCAGCAUCUCCUGGUGGCCCACGGUCGAAAUCCUCAAGCACGAAGUCGCCUGAGAAAAGUCGUCGUUUUACAUUGUUGGACAGCAUCACUCGACGUAGCAGCUCGCCUCCUAUUCCAGAUUUACAGUCUGCCUGGGACUGUGAAUUGAGCUCUUCUCACGUUCGACUGCAGCUCGAGGGUCUGUAUGUCUUCGCAGAAAACCUUGGAUGGCCAAAACUGGAUGCGCUGAAAGCUACCAUGGAGCUCAAACUUGGAGACCUUAACAAUCCGGUUCUACCACGCUUGGUUGUCGAUGACAGCUGGGGACAGGAAAAAAUAUCCAAGGAGAUGUUACUGGCCAAGGAGGAUAUGUACACACAAAGCCCCAGCCGCCGCCGUGUCAAGCUUUGUAGUUCUGGCGAUCCACGGUCUAAAACUUUAGGCUGGAUCUCGCGCUCCUGGCUAUCCGGGUUCGUGAUACCCGGUGAGGGUAUCAGUCACCUUCUCAUGGCGACGCUCCUUGAGAAUGACGCAGACGCCCUUGCCCAACUAGGCUCAAUUGCUAACCUUUACGGAGGAUUCGUUUAUGGCGGACGGAGUUGGUGGAGCAAAGCAUGCGUUGUCGGACGUGUCUUGUCUUGUUCAGCGGGAGCUAAGACAUGCAUGGGGUGGAUCAGCAGCGACAUGAUGCCCCGGGAUGUGAAUACGGGGGAAAUAUUCAAACGUGGAUGGCUUGAACUCGCAGUUGAAGAGGUUCCGCGGAUCUCGAGCAGACCUCGAAUCAAGCAUGGAGCCAAGCUUUCCAUGGAAUCGACACCGCUAGGCACGGGAGACCUCACAGCGGAGGCUUUUACACUCCCAGUAGAUACUCAAGAGCCAAGUACAACCGAAGUCAAUAUCGAAGGGUUGACUCUGUCUGUCAAUGAUUACGGACCCAACGGAUACGGUAUUACACCCGCUGAGCCAUCCAUGACGUUCUCGAUCGCAGACGCACAUACUGGAGUCUCAACUACGGUUUGUUUCCCCCUCAAGUAUAAUGUGCGCUUUAUCUCCGCCCAUGAAUGCUGUCCACCGUUGGGGGUCGCAUCUCACAAGUCCGACCGCGAGAAAGAUGAAACACAACCUACGAGACACGUGUCCAAGUAUACCCGUCUACCAGGCCACCCUCUGCACAUCUCUUAUCGAUACAAAUAUGUUUCGUUGGAUUCCCUUUCCAAUACACCAGCACCACCACUAUCGCAAAGCGCAGAUCAAGCGCCGGAGAUUAUUGUCAUUGAUGCGCGGGGCAACCGAGACAGAGAAACGUUCGCUCGGGCAUGGUGUGCUGCUGUCGGGUGCCAUGCGAUCAUAAGUCGGUCCGGGGGAACUCGUGUGACAUGUUGUGUUGCAUGUUCAAUCAGGCAAGCGAGAGCCAUUGACGCAAUGGUUGUGGUACGAGUAAGCGAAUGA